AUGGAAACAAAAGAGGCAGCAACUAUAAAAAUUCAUGUAACAGGAUUCAAGAGGUUCCAUGGAGUUCCAGAGAACCCCACAGAGGCAAUAGUAUCUAAGCUGAAAGAGUUCAUCAACCAAAUAAAUGAAGGACAAAAGUUCGCCAUUGAGCACCAGGCAGUAAAUGAAGCCACUUUCCGGUGUCCAGAUAAGCUUGGUUGGCAGCCUCAGAAACUUCAGAUAAUCCCAGAGGAUGGAGACAUUUCAAGAACGAGACAGACUUCUUGCUGCGAUGGUAGGAUUGUCGAGUUCUUGAAGAAAGGUUAUGAUGUGGAUAUCUCGUACAAUGCAGGCCGGUUUGUGUGCAACUAUGUCUAUUAUCAUUCACUCCGGUUUGCAGAGAAGAAAGGUCAAAAAUCUCUCUUUGUCCAUGUUCCCCUCUUUUCGGUAAUCGACGAAGACACUCAGAUGCCAUUUUCUGCAUCGCUCUUUGAGGCUUUUGUGUCUACAUCUUGAUUUCCUUAUCAUAAUUAGUUUCUACGCUCUCCUGCCUCUAUGUAUUGUAAAAUAAGAAGAUCUAUGAUCUCUCUCUCUUAGACAGAGUGAAAAAUUAAACAGGGGGGAACCUGUAAGUAAUUUUUCCUCUUUGCAAGUAAACUACCUAUGUGGUGGUGCAGUAAACUUAAUAGGUGCAUAUGCUGAGGUCAGGCGGUUUCUAAACUCAAGAAAAUUAUUUGAUUGGUUGAGUCCUUAUCAGUUCCUAACAAAUUAGGUAUUUCACAUACAUCACUUUGCAGAAAAGUGAUCAGUCCAUCCAAAUUGAGGUAAAGAGCUAUAAAAGCUCACUCUAAAGGUGUCCUAUUAGCAGACAGGUAAUCAUAUCCUAACAAUCUUACAAUCUGACAUUAAUUUCCCUGCCUGACCUCAUCACUUGCCCUAACUUGCCAUUUUUUGCUUUCAUAAUAAGCAUCCGACCUUCAGGAGGUGACAUUUACUACGCAAACAAUCUUUUCUACAGGAAAGGUUCAAAUAAAACAUGUAAUUUGCAAACAAAUUCUUUUUUCUGCAUGCUAGACAAUAUAUACCAUGACAAAUGCAUUAGAUGUCUGCAUGUACUAAUUUUAAAUUAAAAACUAGAGUAGAUCAUUACCUCUAUACAGCGAUAAGGGUAGUAGCCAGUGGACCAUGAAGAAUGUGGUGCGCCAUAUCCAAAAACUAGACCGAGACGAUGCCAGAUACAUGUCAUAGCUGAGUCGAAAUAAUAGUUAGUAGAAUUAAGUACCAAUGCGGAGUCUACAACCUCAAACGCAUUAAUAGCCAAGAUUUCCUUUGAUCCUCUGACAAUAUAAAAAUGUCCUAGCUAUUUUGUUAUCAGAUGCCAAAUAUUCACUUGCUUCAGCAAUAAGUUCACUAUAACCAGAGACCUUCUUAAGCUCGCCUGCUAAAUUUGAGAGAUCCCACACCUUGUUGAUUCUAAGACACUCUUCCAAGGCUGUCGCAAUCCUGUUUAUUACAUUCACUAAUGAUCCCAGCUUUUCCACCAGCGGGCAGUCAGGAUUUAGUUUUCCACCAGUUGGUUCCAUAUGUUCUGUCUCUGAAGCAGUAGAGCACUUACUCUGAUCUGCAAGACGCUCAAUGGCCAGAUAGUUCCUAUCUUCACACAUACUCGUCUAUAAAAAUUUUCAAUAUCACCUACCUAGUUCAAUGUUUCUCACAUGCUCUGCACACUUUCCGCCGUAGUUCUUGUUAUAAGGGGAUUGGUAGCUUGACUUCCACUAACGAUAAUUGUUUUACCAUAUGGGCCAGUUCU